GUUCUCUCCUCUUUGUAUGAGACAAACAGAAUCUAAUUGGCUGUCAGAUAAGAUGCCGUGUUGUGAUUGGCUGGCACUUGUUUCCGUGGCUGCGGUGUGAAGUCCUUGACGUUUCUCAGUCUGCUCUGAGACAGUCUGGGGAGAAUGGCUGCCAGUGGAGAGGUAGGCAAACUGUUACAAGUACAAAAUGGGACACCUCCAGCCACCAACUUCAACGGGGUAGAUGCUGUGCACGCCUGCAACGUCCUUCAACAGCUCAAAGCCUUGUAUGAUGAAGCACAGCUCACGGAUAUUGUCGUAGAAGUGGACCAUGGCAAGACUUUCUCGUGCCACCGGAAUGUUCUAGCAGCCAUCAGCCCAUACUUUAGGUCCAUGUUCACGAGCGGCCUUACAGAGAGCAGCCAGCGUGAGGUCAGAAUAGUUGGUGUGGAAUCUGAAUCCAUGGACCUUGUCCUUGACUAUGCCUAUACCUCCAGAGUUGUGCUUUCCGAGUCCAACGUCCAGGCCCUGUUCACUGCAGCCAGCAUUUUCCAGAUCCCUGCUUUGCAGGAUCAGUGUGCCCAGUUUAUGAUCAGCCGACUUGACCCUCAAAACUGUAUAGGGGUCUUCAUGUUUGCGGAUGCAUAUGGACAUCAGGAGUUGAGGGAACGCUCUCAGGAUUACAUCCGCAAGAAGUUCCUGUGUGUUUCAUGGGAGCAAGAGUUUCUCCAGAUGACCAAGGAGCAGCUGGUCAGUAUUCUAAACAGUGAUGACCUAAAUGUGGAGAAGGAAGAGCACGUCUACGAAAGCAUUGUCCGCUGGCUUGAGCAUGACCGACCUGGCCGUGAAGCCAACCUUGCCGAGGUUUUUUCCCAGUGCAUCCGUCUGCCUUUGCUGGAUGAGGCUUUUCUCGGUCGGAUACCAGCCUCUUUUGCUUGUGCCCUGUCGCUUUCUAAAGACCCCGCCGAGGCAAAAGCUAGUCUUACUGGCACAAACUGUUGUCCACAGCGUCUAGGCAUGACUGCCUCUGAGAUGGUGAUCUGCUUCGAUGCAGCUCAUAAACACUCGGGUAAGAAGCAGACGGUGCCUUGCCUGGACACCACCACUGGAAGGGUGUUCAAGCUCUGCAAGCCGCCGAACGAUCUCAGAGAGGUUGGCAUCUUGGUGUCACCUGAGAACGACCUCUACAUCGCCGGUGGCUAUCGACCAAGCAACAGUGAGGUUUGCAUUGACCAUCGAGCAGAGAGCGACUUCUGGCAGUAUGAGCAUGCAGGAAACCGAUGGCUUCCACGGGCACCUCUGCUGAGAGCCAGGAUAGGAUGCAAACUCGUGCACUGCUGUGGGAAACUUUAUGCACUAGGAGGCAGAGUUUAUGAAGGGGAUGGACGAAACGCGUUAAAAUCAGUAGAGGGUUAUGAUGCCAGAGACAACUGUUGGACGGCAGUCAGUCCUAUGCCAGUUGCCAUGGAGUUUCACAGUGCUGUAGAAUAUAAAGACCGAAUCUACGUCCUCCAAGGUGAAUAUUUCUUCUGCUACGACCCCCGUAAGGACUACUGGAGUCAUCUAGCUCCGAUGAGCGUCCCUCGAAGUCAAGGUCUGGCUGCCUUGUAUAAUAACUGCAUCUACUACAUUGCUGGAAUCUGCGGGAACCACCAGCGCACCUUUACAGUGGAGGUCUACGACAUAGAGAGCAACACAUGGAGCGUAAAGAGAGAUCUGCCCUUUGACCAGGCCACGAGCCCAUAUAUCAAGGCCAUGCUGCUGCAGGGAGAGCUGCACCUGUUUGUACGUGCCACACAGGUCAUGGUAGAGGAGCAUGUGUUUCGCACCAGCCGCAAGAACUCCCUUUACCAGUUCGACGACGAGACAGACGUGUGGACCAAAAUCUAUGAGACCCCUGAACGUCUUUGGGAUUUGGGUCGCCAUUUUGAAUGUGUGGUGGCUAAACUUUACCCACAGUGUCUACAGAAAGUGCUUUGAGCUACAUGAUGUUGUGAAUCCAAUCUUAUCAAGGUGGAGGGGAGUAAUGUUGUUCAUGCCUGCCUUGUGCCUGGUGUUACCUUGAGUUUUACACCAUGUGGACCAUUUUCUUUUCUGUUGAGUCUUAAUUUGUUCAAACUUUGGUUUAACAUGAUCAAAAUGGGGGUGUGUUUAAAGAUUGCAGUAUUUUUUUUUUUCUAGACUGCACCAGCUACACACACUGAAGCAUGUUAAACAAAACCCUACAACAAAUCAUAAGUGCAAUUAUCCUAUUUUCGCUUGUUGUUGAGCCAUGUUUUUCUGUUUUGUUUGAAAUGCAUAUAAGGUAUUGGUUUCUUUUUUUUUUUCUUUUUUUUUUUUUAUUAGGCAUGCUAAUGAGGGUGUUGUUUAGAGAUGAGGAUUCUGUCACCAUAAAGUGAAAAUCUCUAUAUGAAUAACUAUUGGUAUAUAAACUAAAUUCAUACGGGUAAGAGUACCAUAGCUCAUUUGUAGGUUGCUAACUCUGAGGUUUAUGGUUUUUUUUAUUUUGUCUUGUGUCCAUGCCUCUUUUCUGCUUGUUAGAAAUUAUUGUUAUUGUAAAGUUUGAUGUUGAUUUACAUUAUCUUUAGUGUGUAUCUGCUAGUUUUAGGCAUGGGCCGGUUUGAUGACCUCGAGUAUAAAUGCAACGAUAUCACAAUAUAAAUACAUUUAAAACAAA